AUGAGCGUUGGGAAAGAUAGUGGAGUUGGGUUGUUUGAUGUGAAUCUGGUCUCCAUCAUGAUGAUGGGGAUGUGGGUUCUCGUACUUACUUGGGAGUUGCAGGUGACUCUGCUUCUGUCCUGGAACAGCAUGUCUACUGAAUGCAGAUUUGUUGGUUUGACCUCAGAGUUUGUGAACGAGGGUCUCUUGAAGGUGCCUUCAUUGGAGCUGCUGAGGGACCGGUCGCUUGUGGCGUGUCGGAGUCAGCUCAUUCUGAAGUGCAGUGGGAAGUUCAGGCUGAUUUCGAUCCCGUCGUCGUUGAAUGCGCGUUUCAGGCGGGCGGGUGGCUUAGUGGAUUUCCUUCGUUUUUUGCGUACCCAGGUGGCCUUCGUUUUUCGACCCUCGCUGCCAAGCAUGUCUUCUGCGUUUGUGGCGCUCUCCAAUCUGCGUGCCCUCUUUCCUGUGGGACAGAGGUAG